AUGUCUAGGUUGAAGCCCAAGAAUCUGAAAGCGUACACCACAUACUAUUACCAAUUCGCUGUCUGCGAUUCCGACAACACAAGCCCUGUUGGUCGCACCAAGACGACGCCGAAUGCUGAUGAUGAUGUCACUGAGGUCGGCCUUGCUGUGUACAGCUGUGCCAACUUUCCAUUCGGCUUCUUCAACGCAUAUGGCAACUCUGACUCUGUUGAUUACGUGGUUCAUCUUGGCGACUACAUCUACGAGUACAAGAAUGGCUACUAUGGAUGGGGAGACUCCAUCGGCCGCAUCCCGCUUCCUAACCACGAAAUUUUCAGCUUGUACGAUUACCGUAAGAGGCUCGCUACGUACCGCACCGACUUGGACCUCGUAGCUAGUCACCAGGAAUUCCCGUGGAUCGACAACACAUACCGAGAUGGUGCCGCGGAACUUAACAAUACCGAGGACUCCUUUUUGAAAGACGGCGGUAUCUCGGUUGACCAAAGAAAGAUGAACGCUGUCCGAGCUUACUUCGAAUGGAUGCCUAUCCGCCAAGUCGACAUGGACGACAAUCUCCGGGUAUGGCGAUCUUUCCAAAUCGGCAAAUUAAUUGACCAGGGUCGCCCUCGAGGCAGUCGUCGCUUCGGUCGGUCGGAGUACUUACUCAGUACUGGAAGACCGUCUCCGUCGUACGACAUUGCGAACGACGCAGGCCGUUCCUUGAUGGGUUCUCGUCAAGAGAACUGGAUGUACCGCACUCUCUCCGAAUCGGCGAAGCGAGGUGCUACUUGGCGCGUCGUUGGGUCGCAAAUCGUCUUUUCUCACAUCGAUCGAGAGGCCGUUGACCAGAAUGGGCACGGUAUCAAUGUCGAUGCGUGGGAUGGCUAUCAGUCGAACAAGAAUCGCACGCUGAACCACUUGUAUAGCAACAACAUCAACAACAACAUUUUCUUGGCUGGAGAUAGCCACGCAUCGUGGGUCAGUGAUCUCGUCUGGCUGGACGAGAAAGAUUAUGACCCAGAAACUGGCGCUGGCAGCAUCGGAGUCGAGUUUGCGGGCACUGCUGUUUCUUCACCAUGCCCGUAUGGCGAGAACAUCACCCUGGCCAAAGCAAACAACUACUCUCACCUUAUCGAGAGCACUAAUGCCGAACUGCAUUGGCAGGAUCUAUACUAUCGUGGAUACUAUGAGCUUCACUUCACAAAGGACAAGGUAGAAGCCAACUUCUUCGGCACUCCUAAAACCCGCGAGAAGCACGGCUGGGAGAUUCCCAUCGCAAACUUUACUGUCCUCAAUGGCGAGAACAAGCUGCAAAGGCCCGUGGGAGGAGGUGUUGUCGAGAGUGGAAGUUUGAAGUACGGUAAGAUGGUACCGACCAAUCUCACAGUUGAUACCACCAACGGCACGUGGUUUGAAUGGUAG